AUAGAUAGCAACCAAAACAAGGUGCACGAUGGACAGCUCUCAAAUCGCGCGCUGGACAGAAAACCUUUUUGAAUGUCCGCCAAAAUGUCAGACGAUGAACGGCACUUGCACGAGCCUCGUCUAGCAGUUUACCGUGUGUGGAAAUUUUGUGGGAUUUUAAGCCCUUCUCGUUUUUGCGUGCAGACGAAUUUGAGGGUUUGUCGGCGUCUUUGAAAUGGCGACUACCCGACGCACCGCCGGUCAGAACUCCGACGGCAAGAAAGUGGAAGAAAAGCGAUACAGCCAGUUCUCAAGGGACUCGAUCCUUCUCUUCGCCGAGUCGUACGGCAUCUCCGACGUCUCGCAGCAGGCCUUGGCCGUCCUCACGGAAGAUCUCAACUACAGGCUUCGGGAACUGGCACAGAACAGCGGCCAGUUCAUGCGACACUCCAAACGGAGGAAGCUGAUGUGCGAGGACGUCCAAAGGGCCAUGCGUUGGAGCGAUACCGAGCCCGUCUACGGCUGCAGUGGCCCGGACCCCCUGCCCUUCCGCCACGUCAGGGAGGCUGAGGUCUACUGCACCGACGACCACACGGUCGACCUGCUGGAGGAACUGGAGUCGCCCCUGCAGCUGCAGAUUCCUCGGCAGCCCAGCCUCCAAGGUCGGUGGCUCGUCGUGGAAGGCGUCGCGAUAGGUGCCGAGCCAACGGGAGCAGUCAAGGGCAGUGCCUCCAGUCUGAACCGCGACAGCGGCGUUGCCAGCACUGGCCAGAACGCGGUGCAGACGCAGGUGACGCCGUCGCACAUGCAAUACUACGAGGAGGUGACUGUCGCUCUCCUCGGUAGUGAUGAACAGCUGGUGGAGGCAUCUCUGGAAGACCUGGCGAGCAAUCCGUGCCUCAGUCCCCUGCUGCCAUACCUGGUUCAUUUCAUCUCGCUCGGGGUCCGGAAGCUGAGCCACGACCUGGCCAAUCUGGAUCGUCUGCUGCGGACUGUGCACGCCCUCGCUCACAACCCGAAUCUCUUCCUCAACACCAGGCCCUACCCGACCCUGCUGGUGCAGGCGCUGCUGUUCUGCUUGCUGGAGCCGCUGGCAGCCGCCAUCAACCCCGUCAACGACCACUGGGCUCUCAGGGACAGUGCGGCGAGACUUCUCGCCUCCCUUCUCAAGAAGUGGGGCGACCGUGCCUACAGCCUCCACACCCAGGUGCUCGAAGCCCUCGGAGAGUGCCUGAGAGAACCGUCCAAGCCGCUGUGUGCCCAGUACGGUGCCGUGUCCGGCCUCAUCGCGCUGGGCGUUCCGGUGCUUCGUCAGGUGUUCUGUCCGGCACUCACCACCUACUGGCCACAGCUCGAGGCAGUGUUGGCCGACAGCCGCCCCUCCAGCACCCAGAUGCAGAGCGACGCCACAAAGGUUCAUGGUGCAAUGCUGCUGGCGGCGGAGCUAUUACUCCUUCAGCGCCACAAGGAGUUGCCGCGGAGCGAGGCGGGACUUGCAAGCUACGCCCAGCUCUACGAGUGCUUUGGUGACGCCCUGGCCACGAGGCUACCCACCCUGCAGGUGUCGCACCUGAUGUACACGGCACGGAAAGAGCCAGCUGGCACGUCGAGUCCCACCGGAGAGCAGCUGCUGGAGGCGUUCUACGAAGACGAGCACAGCAUGUCGGCGGACGAGGACAACAACUCGGAGGACAGUGGACUGAGCGGCCCGCCGCCGGGAGCGCUGCACCCGCAGGUCAAGAGUACCAUCUCGGAUCCAGCCAGGGGCAUCCGGCUCACCAUCGCCCUGCGGAGGCCCACCGCGGAUCCGCCCAAGGCAAAGCGCAAGCGGACGCCGGAUCCCAGGGAGCCGCCCUUCGAGGCGGUGCCGCUCGUGCUGCCGCGGAAGCGCGGGCACGUGGUCAUCUGCUUCGAGGGUGCGACACCCUUGCUUCCCCGUGCCAAGGAAGAGCCCGUUGUGCCAGUGCCCGAAUGCAGGAUGGCGCAGCUCAGCCGCCGCAUGGGCAGGGUGGGUCGAAGCCGAAGACGCAAGGUGGCACCCUUCCGCUCCCGACACCUGGGCGCUGGCAUUGACUCGCUUCUCUGAAGUGAGCCGUGUAGUGUGUAGACACUUUGGUGCUUUUUCUCAAUGGAUCCUGUGCUUCCAGCAGCGAUGGUUUCCAGCCAGCAGGAUCUGCGAACUUUCAGUGUCAGACUUUGGCAAGGCAGUGAGCAGGUUGAACGCUAAAACGUCUGCAAGACCUCUUAAAAUGUCAUUUGGGCAUUUACAGGACAUCUGUGAGACGUUUAUUAGAUGUCUUGGCAAGAUGUCUUAAAGACUUUAGACAUAUUGAGACUAUAGACUUUAGGCAUCUAGACUUCUAACUUCGGCAAGACUGAGCCUGCUGAACUCUAAGAAACCUACAAGACUUCCAUAAAACAUCAGUUAAGCAAUAGUUUUAAGACAUCUAUAAGAUGUUCUGGCAGGUAUCUUAUAGACAACAUCUUAGAGUGUGACUACUUCUAGAUUUAAUAAGUGUGAGACUGCUAAAUACUAAUAUGCCUACAUGACUUCUCUAAGAUGUCAAAGUGACAUUUAUGAGACGUAUUGGCAAGAUAUCUAAUAAGCCUUAGACAUCUUAGAGACUACCUAUGGACUUCAAACUUCAGCUCAACUGAGCCAUUCAACUCUAAGACAUCUAUAAAACUUCCCAAUUGUAAGACAUUAAGAUGUCUUAUUUUGGCAAGACGACUUGUAGGCUUCUUGUAAAGAUGGUCUCGUAGAUGUCUAUAGGUUAUUCUAACUUCAGUUUCUUUAGUGCCAAAAGUGGUAUAAGAUGCGUUAAGAUAUAGGUUCAAAAAGGCAGUGUGCCUGUGGAUACAACAUUGGCAUGGUGUGGUGUAAAACAGAGUUAACGGCCGGAGAAACUCCGGGGAGAUUUACUAGCAUCUUUUUUCAGUUUACCAUGUCAUGGUUAUUCGAGAAUCCACAACUGUGUCUAGUUAGGAGAUGGUAUUGUGUAUGCUGAUCUUUUAUGUCUUUUAUCUCUUUUUUUUUUU